AUGAUGACCACUCGCUCUUAUUAUGAAGACGGCCAAGGAAAAUUGGUUGAUGAGGAAGGAAACAAUGCGAUGGACUCGGUUGAAGAAGCUAGUCCUUUUCACUUAAGAUCUCUGACUCGUAUUACAGAGUAUUGUAGAAAGCAAGAGGAAGAAGGGGUUUCCUCCGAAGGUUCCUUGAGAAAUCUUGAUGCUGAUAUGGAGGAGGUCAUAGCUAUAGUUAAGAAGCAGAAAAGAGUUUACCACAAAUACUCAAACGAGCAAAAGCUCGCUUUUAUGUAUUAUAACCAAAUUAAAUUAUUUAAUACAGCUAAGUCCGGUCGCUUAGCAGGCGGCAUAGCCGAAAGAACAGCACAGAAAUGGGACAAGAAACUCAAAGAGGAUAGGGAUUGGAACAUAUGGAGAAACAAACCAAUUUGGCCAAUAAAACAAAGCCACAAUUGGAUGAAAGACAUAAGGUUAACCUGUUAG